UGUUUCCUGUGUGCGGGCGAGGCUCAGUGACAGCUGCGGAGCUCAAAGCCUCAGACCUUCUGCUGGUUUUUAUUCACCUGAAGACAAAAUUUAGAUUUUAAGUCCAAAAAAAUAAAUAAAUAAAUAAUAAUAAUAAUAAUAAAAAAAGAGAAGAAGAGGACAAAAAGUGAAACUGCUCAGAAGAAGACUUUUGUUCUUCACUUCCGGCAGAGAAAGGAAAACAAACCGGCUGCUGCCGCUGCUGCGUCCCUGCAGGAUGUGAGAGAACCACAACACACAACGCUCUGCUGAAAACCGAAGGCCACAACAAGACCUGAGCAGGAACGAGUUUAAAGUGCUCAGACCGGAGAGGAGAAGUCCUCUGAUCAGCUCUGCGGGGAUUAACAGAACUGGCGGAGCUUUAAGAAGUUACUGGACAGCAGAUCAGGGAGGACGGCAGAUUUCUGAAGAGCUGAAGUCACUGAAAAAAGAUCAACGGAAGACGCUCGGCCGCAGACAAACAUGGCUCUGUUCUUCUCCGGAGCUGUUACAAGUUCACCGAUAAAACGAAGGCUACGGGCCAAUCACUCCUGUCAGAGCCUCGACCUGUCUCUCCUCUCUCCUGACUCCUCGUACGUCUGCUACUCGUCGGUGGAAGGCGGUGAUCCGUGCUCCUGCCGCCGCUCGCCGCGCCUCCUCACCAACGGAUACUACAGCGUCACCGAGGACAGCUUCAUCUGGGACGACCACGGCAACGUGUCACUGACUCCCUGCAAAACCAACGUGUCCUACAAGGAGAAUCUGGUCAAGGUUUUCCGGCGCAGACGGAGGCCUCGCAGCUCUCUGGCUCGCCUGCUGAGCGACGUGACGGAGAGCUGCCAGUCGUGGCUGGGUGAGAAAGUCUUCAGAGGCGUGUUCAGGACGGGGCAGAACCAAAACCAGAACUGGGACCAAGACCAGGAACAGGAACAGGAAAAGGAACAGGGCCGGGACCAGGACCAGGACUGGGCAAGGACCAGCCAGGAAGGCCUGGCCCUGUUGGACGACUCAUCCUGGUCUGAAUUUAACAGCACCGAGCUGGACGACAGCCGCAGCUUCGCCUACGACCACACUGAGAUCCCGCCCCCUCCCGACAAAGUGGCCCCGCCCCCAAAGAUGCUCAUCCAGGAGGAGAUUUGUUCUGAGAUCUGUCAAUCAAAGGAGCGGUUCACCCAGUCACUGGGCGGCCUCUCUGAAGUCCCGCGUCCCUCGCCCUUCUACACCAACAGCUGCUGCUGUCAGGCCUCACCUGAGCCCACAGGGUUAACGAUGAAGGCCCUUCUCCUUUUCAUCUUCACCAUCUUCAUCUUCACCGCUCUAUACUCAGGGUGUCUCUUGUGGAGCGCGACUGUUGCAUCGACUGUGUUCGUGAUGAUCACGACAUUUAUGCUCCUGACAAAGUCGGGGCCGAUGGGCGAGUGGAGGAGGGCGAAGACGGAGGAUAUCACAUCAAGAAACGAGUAAAAGAAGCGUCAGCAGACAGUUUCCAAAGUUUGCAAUGUGAAAGUGGAAGAGUGACAGAAAAGGUCUGAUGGGAAAUAUUUUACAUUUCACUGUUUGCAUGUAAGUUGCACUUAAAGGACCGAGUUAUGCUGAGCUCCGGAAAACAUUUUACAGCAACACCUGUUUGACUGCGACGCUGAAAAUGACCACUAUUUGAAUGUAAAUCUUUAUCCAAAUGUGUUUUAUGCGCAGAGAUGCGUCGCCCAGAAGGGGCUGAAGUUUUCAAUCUGUUUUGAAAUGAAAUUGAAGCUGACACAUUUUCACCGUUUAACAUUUAAAUCCAAAGCAAAACGCUGGGAACAUUAGCAUGGUGAUGCAUCCAGGUAGUUGCCUCAAACAAACUUUUGUACUUUGUGCUAACAGAGCAAUUACAACUGAGAGAAGUUUGGAAACGCUCUAGGCUUCCUGCAGCAACAAAAAGAGAAAAGUCAGACUGAAAAUGAAACUGGGACUUUGAUGUGGACUGGAUGUGGAUUCAUGUUUCCUCUGUGUUAAAUGUUGGAACCAUGAAACUUUUCACCAACAUCAUGUCUGGAUUUUCCCGGACUGAAUCAGUGUGUUUCUGUUAAAAAGCUGAAGGAGCUCAUUAACAUGGUGACACAAGUUACUGUAGUUUAGCAGUUAUGAAAGAUGAAAAGUAUCCAUAUCAAAUAUAAAACGUCCAAAUGUACCUGAUGUAUUUUGAAAUAAGUGUAUCUUCUAUUGUUAAUAGUUGAACUUGGCUUUUUUUGGGCUGUCCAAAGUGACCAAACGUCAGACUUUACUUGUCUGGAGAACAAAUACAGGUCCAACAGCAAAACGAGCAGCGAGCGUCGCUGUGAAGCCUCACUUCUGUUUAAAAUAACAGCUGUGACUUUUUCUAAAAAAACAAACGCACAAAAACACCUGAAGUCCUAGUUGAUCUACCUGGAAAUUGUAACCACAGGAAGAGAGCGCCAUUUUUUUCCUGAGGAAACUGAAUGAAGAGUUUCAUUCCAAAAUGAAAUAGCCGCAAUAAAAAAAAAAAAGACACAUACAUAGCACAAAAUAUAUAUUUAAAAAAAAAAAAUCAUGUUGGUCCUGGUACAUUAAAGCUGCACAAGCUCAGAUUUUAUUGUGAAAAUCUGAAUUCUGGUUUCCUGAAGAGAAUUCUGAGAAGAAAGACUUUUGCUGGUACAAAACAAUAAUUUCUGACUUUCUGACGUCUGUAAAAUGCACCUUAAAAUGUUGAUGUCACCCAAUUGACAGGUCGAUGGGCGGGGCCACGGACUCUAAUUACAUUCCUGUCGCGAUCUGCAGAUACACGUGUUGUUGUUUCGAAGGCUUAGCAUAAUCUUACCUCAUUCUGAUUCAUUCAUACUGAUAGUUAAAACUAAUCAGAUGUCAUUGAUCUCAAAUAAACUUGAUAUCGUAACUUUCCCUUGUGCAGCUUUAAGAGCAGCAGGUAAUACACCUCAUGAAUCUGUAUUUUAAAUAUUAAAUGAUCGUAUUCAGGUUCGGAGUUGUUCUCUGCAGCCUUUUGUAGUGAAACUCUUCAGCUGUUAAGUGCCUUUAUAUCAGCCAGCCGUGCAGAAACACAGGGAAGUGUUAGCUUUAAACCUAAAAUGCUGCUGACACAUUAAACAGACCUGCUCCUGUGUUGUAUGGAGAUCAUUCUCAGUGUUUGAUUUAACCCGCAUGGUGUAGCAGGUGGGUGGAGUUUACUGCGUUAGGAACGUUUUCAGAUCUGAGUAAUAUAUAUUUUCUGAUGUAUUUGGCUGUUCACACAUUCGAUGCCUGAACAAAUUGCUGUGAGGAAAAAUAGAAAGCAGACUACGAUAACAACAAACUCCUCGUUUCAGCUUAACGUUGCUGUGUCGUAUCUCAGCUCAGCUACAGACACUGAUGGGAUAUUUAACAAGAAGAAAGGUGCAAAGUGGGUGAAGCCACGGGAAAUACAAACAUGUACGUUCACACUUCUGAGGUUACCUUUAAAGGAAUAUUUAAACAUUUUUGGAAAUGCGCUAAAUUCUCCUUUUGCUGAAAGAUAGAUGUUCGGACGGAUAUUAAUAUUAAUACAGUCUGUGUGUUAAGUAUGAAGUCAAGGUGUGGUUCAACUGUUGUAACCACCGCAGAAGUCCCUCCGAAACCGCACAGUGUUUUUUUUACAUUUCAAACAAACAAAACGCAGCAUGUUAACUGGGGAGUUUUAGAGGUGCCGAUAGGUGUAAUUUCAAACUUUGGAGUGAUUGAUUCCAAAAUUAGGAUCAAUCAGGUAUCAGGAGCAGAACACUGCACCGCAGCUGCUGAACUGAUCCAAUUUCUGAACCUCUCCAACAAGUCCUACAGAACGAAACCUCUUAACUUCACGUGAAACCGUUGUCUGCUUCACUGACAAGCUGAGAAAAAGGCGAUUUCACAUCAACUGUCGAAAAAUCAGCCCACUCCACCAGAACGGGUGCAGAGAGCACCUUGCUGUCAGUAAUUGUGCGUCAGUGGCGUUUUUAAAGUCCACGUGUGAACACAGCCGGUCCCGUUUUAUGUGGGACAAACUCCACCCAGCUGCCAUCACAGGCAGGAAAAAACACCACCUAGUUACAACUCCUGUGUGAGUCGGGUCUACUUCUGACGUCUUCACACAUAUUUCACUCUUAUUGUGCUUUCUGAGGGAGCAAUAAUUCCAGAAAUGAGCUGUGAUGAGUUUUAAAACCUCAACAGUGAGCAGGGAGGAACAUUUUGGGAUCGGGGAGAGAAUCUUUAAAGUCACAAAGAAAGGCAAAAUCUUCUUUUGACCUUCAUUCUUCAUGCUGUCAUGUUUGACAACUUUUAAAAAAAACAUGUUAAAAUGAAACGGAAAUAAAAGCCGCAGCUCAUCAAACAAUGUGUCUCUGAUCGCCUCCCCUGAAGCUCUCAAAAGGCCAUAUCAAUACAAACAGUUUGUAUUGAUCAGUCCUGUAGGAGGAAAAGAGAAAUAAAUGUUGUGGCAGGAAGCUGGGACUAAGAAAUGUAGAGAAAAAUAAGUACUGUAUGGCUUUAUAAGGUUGUGACUUUAUAAAGCAUUUCAAAUUCAAUCAUGUUUGGGCCUCAAACUACGCCAAGACUGUUAGCAAACCCGAAGAAGGAAGAGAUGAGCUGUGCUUUGUUUUCACCGGCAGCACAAAUCAACUCUUUCUGGGUGAAAUUUAAAUGUUUUCAUGUGUGUUUCUGUGUGCUGAACUUUUGUCGACAUUGACCAGAGGAGCAGAGAACUUUUAUCUUUAGUUCUUCGUGUUCCAGAUCGUCUUAAUGGAUUAGGAUAAAUAAAACUUUCAAAUAGUGAUAAUAAUGCCGCGUUUAUGUAUAUAUAGGAAUAACCGUAAUUACCGGUUUCUGACUUGCAAAUACUGUUCACGUGCAGCAUCCAAAUCGUAAUUACCACCGGGAAACUGCGAUUUUGAUGUAUUUGAGACUCGGCGCUAAAUAAUACGGAAGUGCCUGAAUGCCGCACACCAGCCAAAGUCUGUCAUUUGAAGUAAUUAAACCCAAAUCUAAUGGAUAUGGUCAUUGCACAGUAUGAUUAACCCUCACACUACACUACAUGGGAAUCCAUGUCCAUCUUAUAUGUCGUGAACGUGGCAUCAGAUCUGUAACAUGAAGGGUUAAUGGCCAGUCACACCAGAAUGUGCAGCAAACCUAAUGUGCAUCUUUGCAAAACAGACAGCGCUACAGGCUUGGUGACAUAGUGACUAAUCUACCCGCGGGGCUAUAGUUGGUGAACUACUGUAGCUGGCGAGCUUACCGCUAACAUGCUAGCACCCAUUGUAGCGCUACUAAGUCCCUCUAGCUCUCCAGAUGUCUUUCUAUUUUCUCUGUACCGGGCUGUUUACUCCCCCUGACAUUUUGUUUUCAGGAUUUAAUUCAAUAAAGAGUUAUUGGGGGAAAAAGCUCUUCUAGCUAGCUAGGUUGGUAACUAGCAUUAACUAGCAUUAAACGUUUAUACUCCGACUGAGCUCUGUCAAGACAGCUUGCUAUUGGUCAACUGCACAAAUUUGCGGGUCCAAGUUCACCAAAGUUGAACCUGGAAAAUGCGUGUGGAUUUACUUCACUCCUGCAAGAGAAUCUGCUGAUUGUGGCGAUUUCCACUGAAAAUAAUUGAUUUCACUGUGAAAUUUCGCCUCUUAAAUGCUGGUGUGACCGGGCCUUUAAAGGUCAAAUGUCUCUCUUCCUGUGUAAAUCAGGAGUUUCUGAAUCGUCUGAUGUGUUUUUAUUCACUCAAAGUGCCAAAUUUGUAGAAAUCUGACGAUUCAGGAAAUGUUACAUCACCAAUACUUCAUCAAUGAACAAAAAUAUAUCUAUAUUGCUAAUAUUUUUAAUAUCACAGCUCUGCAUGACUUAUUACUUUGCAUUUAAAGCUGCACUAAUAAUAUUUUUUUAUAUGAACAACGGAUCAAAUGACACUGUGUAACGCGAGAGGUGUCGGUCCUGAACUCUGCUAGCUCUGAGAAGCUUUUUAGCCUCUUUUAGCUCCUAGUUUUGGUUUUAUGGCUAAAAAAAUAUGAGCCAGAUAUUUCUCUCCGGAGUAGGUGGAGACCAAACCAGAGCUAAAAGGAGAGUGAAUAUUGGACUUACAGUCAUCAGGUGGAUACAAACACGACUCCAAUGUGUAAAUAAUAGUUUGCUAACUGUGUCUGUUUUUCUGCCCCCUGGUGGCCAAAAGCAUUUUAAUGCAGCUUUAAAUGAUCAAAGCUAAAUGGGGAUCACGUUUUGGCAGUUAGUCAUUGCUUUUUUUCUUUUAUAUAAUAUACUUUUAUGAGGUGUUGCAAAAUAUUGAAUUUACUGCAAAAGACGGAAAGUUUCUGUGACUAAAACACGUUUAAUAGGAAUUUUCUUGGAUGAAUCAAACCUUUAGAUAAGCUCUUGUGUGUGAUGUAAUGCAGCUACUAUACGUGGUGUUGUACAUAGUUUUUCUGUCAUUGACUGCACUUGUUUCCAAAGGUGGAAAUGUGACACUCUGUUUGUGACGGCACUUAUUAUAUCUGUUCAUUUUUUUAUUCCACUGUACUGCAUUCAUGUUAUUUAAGUCCCUGAUAGUUAAUCACCUGUUCUGAAAACUGUAAAAUUAAACCUGAAACAACGCGCGAGUUAGAUUUGAAUUUUGUAUUAAUGUGACAAAUUUGCUUUCAAAAUGGCACUUAAAGUGACGAAGUCGUCCUUUCCUGUGUGAAAGGUUCAGUGUUGAUGAUUACUGUGUUUCAAUCAGCUAAUUGUCUAAAUUCACAAACAGUAGUUUGGUGAUUUGGAUGAUGAGUAAGUUGCCCUUUACGGCCUGUUGAUGGCGCCGCGUUUUAAGAUGAAAUUUUUACAGUAUUUUGCAUAUUGUCAGAUAUUUUCCAGUUUCCAGUAAAAAUGUUUUGUUUUAUCUCAAGUUCAAAUGAAUGUCUAUCAUCUAUUAAACCACGUUGUAAAGACAAA